GGAGCGGGCAGGAGGCCGCCCACAACCCCGUGACCCCUCUGGGACCCGUAGCACUGCAACUCCGCCGAAGUGUCUGAGGAGCAGGGUUCGGGGAGCCUGGGGUCUGCCCACGGACACAGGGACUACAGGAGUGGGGCAGGCUUCGUACCUGUCGCGGUCCGGACCCCUUAGCUCUGGGUCAGCAUGGGUAUGUGUGGGCCUAAAGGAUCACCACUGUGCAAAGCAACUUUUGCCCUGCAAGGUUCUGGGUGGGUGGGUGCUCCAGAUACCCCUUCCACCCCCGCCCCCCCACCCCCGCCAUCAAGAUCCUGGAGCGGGAAUUCCGACCCCCCUUCUCCCGCCUCAGCUCUCUAUCCCACUGCUGCCUGAGGCAGCGCUCUUGCCUGAUAGCUUCGCCUGCUCUGCCUCAGUGUCCCCAUUAGAGGACCGGUCAGCCCAGAGGGAAGCGCCAUACUGGCAGCCCCACGUGUGUGUGUUGUUCUCCCAGAGCAGCAGGACAGGAGGACCUCCAGUCCCACAGCUUUUCAUAGGGCCCAGUUGUAUGUGGAGUGUAGGUGAGCUGGGAGAGUCUGCAUUUGGGCCCCAGUUUGAACCAGGAGCACAAGUAGUGAAGUGGACAGGGGACAACAGGAGCUUGGUGGGCUUGCCUGGAGCAGAUGGGAUAGGUGGGUGUCAAGGUGGUCCAGGAAUGAGGCAGUACUGGCAGGAGGAGAUAGAGCUUGGGCAGCUGGAUAAAUAACUCCUAAUUCUUGAGAUAGCUGUGUUUUGCCACCAACACGUUGAUGCCUAAGAAGGGGAGGGGAGCAGAGUGGGGUGAACUGAAGGCAUCAGUUUGUCCACACUGCAGCUGGGCCAGGUGGGGGAUCCCCAUCCUCCUGAAUUCAUCCAAAUUGUCUCCCAGCAAUUGCUAUCCUAGUUGCAGAGAUGGGGAAACUGCACCCAAGGGUUGGGAACCUCACCCCAGCCCAGGGGGUUGGAUGGAGCUGGGGUCUCUUUCCAGGCUUCCCAGCUGGUGUGCCUGAACCCCAUGGGGUAUGAUGUCUAGGCAGGCAGGGGCACAGGGCACAGGCACAGGCUGCUCCCCUUCAGCUCUGAAGAAGCUAGGCCCUGAAAUGCGGAGGUAGGGGCCAGAGAGAAGGCUGGGGCUGGAAAGAAGGCUGGCAGCCUAGCCUCAGCCCCCUCAGCCCCUGCUGUUCAGCAUACCUUGGGGGGAGGAUAUAGCUAGGCUCGGGUGACCUUGACUGAGAAACCCUGGCCACAAAAGGGGGGUUUCAGUCCCAGCUAUGCUGGGGUGGCUCUGCUUCCUGGUCCUUGAGGUGUUGGGGGAUGGGAAAGCUGAGGAGCCAAGAAGAAGCUCUUGUAAGGGGUGGAGGGAAUAUCUGAGGGGCUGGGUAGGGGGUGGGGUGUCGUUAAUAAUUUCCUCUCCAUGUUCCCCCACAGUCCCUGUUCCUGCCUCUUUUCCAUCCAGGCAGUUCUCUGCUCUGGAGCCAACCUCCCUUCCCUGAGGCAGGCUGUCCUCCCCAGCCUCACUCCAAGCCUGGGAGGUUUGGAUCGGACUGGAUAAUUGAACCACCUGGCCCCCUGUCCUGCCCCCAAGUGCCUCUGGACUCCUUCCUCUAGCUGCCCCUUCCCUGCACCCCUUGCCAGCCCCAGCUCCUCGUUUCUUUGUUUGAGCGUCUCUCCUCCGUCCCUCCCUCUCUCCUCCCUCUCUCCUCCUCCUCCCUCCCGCCUGCCUCCCUCCCUCCCUUGUUCCCUCCCACCAGCCUUCCUUCCCUCCUUCUCUUCUUUCCUCCCGGUGGGCUCCCAGGUGGCGGUGGCUGUGGCUGUUCCCUCUCUGUCUCUUGGUCUGACUUGGGGGCUUUUCUGGGGCUGGGGCUGAAUAGAAGGCAUAUAGGGGUUGGCAGAGGAAAAGGGACUGUAGAAAUGCUGUCCCUUCUCUCACUGUCUUUCUCCUCCUUUCCUUCCUUCCCUUUCCUUGUCUUCUGCAUUAGACUAGGCUGCCCCAAAGGAGGCUUGGACUUGGGCCUGAGGCCCCAGCCGAUUUGGGCAUUCUCUCAUUCACCUCUUUAAAGGGUGAAAGCAUUGUGGAGGUCACUGUUGGGGCCCAGUGGAAAGGCCUCCCACCUCCCUGGACAUCUUAGGUGAUUCCAAUCCUGUUCUUAGUGACCCUGACCUUGUCACCAUGAAAAUAGGUGCAGGAAAAAUGAGGUCAUGGUGGGGCAGAAUGUAGGUUGAUAAGAGCCCCCUGAUACAUAGGAUUAAAUCUCUCCAAGGGACUCAGAUUGUAUCUUGCCCUCCCCAAGCCAGGAUGGUACCUCUCAGCUUCCCUGAGCCCCACCCCACUAGCAGGUCAAGUUUUUGAGCAAACUCAUGCUUGUGAAGACAUGUGUGGGCAUGCAAGUGUGUACGUGUACAUAUUCACACAACUGUUAGUAGGGGCCUCUCAGGUGCACCCUAAGAGUGAUGGUGGCUGCACACUCUUUCUCCCACCUACCCCCCGCAUCAGAGGCUGCCAUUUAGUAAGCAUUAACUUUGUGCCCUCCCCACCCUCAGACCAGGGAAGGGCUGGUUCUAGUUCUCCCUCCCUCAAGCCAACCUCCCUAGGAGGGAGCAACUGUGACGGGAGAUCUUGAAGAACUGUGAGAGGUGUAUGAGGCGCUCAGGAGAGGGUGUUCUCAUAGAGUACCACAUGAGGGUACCAGGAGACCUGAAGCUGCACUUCCUGUCUGAGUACCAUGAGUAGUUUACCUUGGCAGAUAUAUCAAGGGCUCAGGGAGGUAGAUCUGGGGAGGGUACCAGGGCAUGUCCAAUGGGGCCUAAGAGUCAAAUGUGGAGCCUGGGCCUUGCCUCAGUAUUAGGUAGCUAUGGCAGGGGAUUAAUAGGCCACAGUACUGCCAAGUCACAUCUCAGAGAUCUAGAAAUGGGCCUGGGGUCCUGCCUGCUGUGGGAGAAGAGACUAGACAGGGCAGAUCUCAGGGAGGGCGCUCACAUUAUCAUUCUUCUCUCUCUCUCUCUCUUUUUUUUUUUUUUGCAGUUUUUGGCCGGGGCUGGUUUGAACCUGCCACCUCCGGUAUAUGGGGCCAGCGCCCUACCCCUUUGAGCCACAGGCGCCUCCCCACAUUAUCAUUCUUAAUGCCCCACUUACAGUGCAUCCUCGUGAUGGGGGGUGGGGUUGGCACAGGUUUGUGCCAGGAGGGAGCAAUAUGUUCUGACAACUGGUGCUGGGCUGCGUUUACCCAACAGCCAGCCUGCCUGGGGAGACAAUAUUUGAAAAACAUAGUAUUGAAACUUGGACCUGUUGGAGAUGUGGGGGACUCAGAAAGGAACAAUGAAUUAGGCUUAGAGCCUGCCCCAGGCCCACUGACCAUCCUGGCUCCCCUUCUUCACCCCUAGAAGCAGAGUUGGAACUUUUUCCUACCAGAAAGUUCUUCUGUCUGUCUGAUCUAAGUCCUUCCUGCUUUGAUUUUAGUGAAAGUGGGCACUGCUAUUCUCUGCCUUUCUUUUUCUGAAUGAUGCUGUCUCUCUUCUGCUUUGGGCUUUCUGCAUGUGUCUCACUCAUCCCCCAUUCUUUCCCCAGUCUCCCCUUUACCCCAAUAAUCAGGUCCAGAUUUCUCUGCACUCAGAAGAGAUCUUUGGCUGGAGUAGGCAGGGAUGUACCCCAUAUCUUCCCCCAUUCUUCAAGGUGGCUAAGAGGAGUAGCCCAUUUUCUUGGGAGUGAGUAGAGGGGAGAGAGCCUGUUGGGUGCUGAAAAGGGGUCGAAGAUCAUCUUCUUGAGCUGUGAGUGGAAUUCAGUAUGCUCUGAGAGGUACGGUUGGAGUCUCCAGCUGCCCCUAUUAGUUCUAGUGAGCCCAGGCUGUCCAUCAUUGCCUGACCCAUGGGUGACACUUCUCCAGAUGAAGGGAGGCAAAAGAACUUACAAGAGGAUUGCACAUCAGGGCAUUCAUGGCCCCAGGCUAUGGGUGUAAACAUGGAGAGAUACCCCCUGAAGGGAGACUGAGGUGUACAGAGAGCAGAGCCUGCUUCCUGGGCCCUAGGCCCCUCCCACAAUGCCUGUCGCUGGUCUCCUCCUCUGGGCUUCCCUUCUGACUGGGGCCUGGCCAGCCACCCCUACCCAGGACCUCCUCAUGGCCAUGCCUCGGGUCCAGCUCUCAUUCAAAGAACUUAAGGCCACAGGCACUGCCCACUUCUUCAACUUUCUGCUCAACACAACCGACUACCGAAUCCUGCUCAAGGAUGAGGACCAUGACCGCAUGUAUGUGGGCAGCAAGGACUACGUACUGUCCCUGGAUCUGCAUGACAUCAACCGCGAGCCCCUCAUUAUUCACUGGGCAGCCUCCCCACAGCGCAUUGAGGAAUGCGUACUCUCAGGCAAGGAUGGCAAUGGUGAGUGCGGGAACUUCGUCAGGCUCAUCCAGCCCUGGAACCGAACACAUCUGUAUGUGUGUGGGACAGGUGCCUACAACCCUGUGUGCACCUAUGUGAACCGUGGCCGUCGAGCCCAGGAUUACAUCUUCUACCUGGAGCCUGAGAGACUCGAGUCAGGGAAGGGCAAGUGUCCAUACGACCCCAAGCUGGACACAGCCUCAGCCCUCAUCAAUGAGGAGCUCUAUGCUGGUGUGUACAUUGAUUUUAUGGGCACUGAUGCAGCCAUCUUCCGCACACUUGGAAAGCAGACAGCCAUGCGCACGGAUCAGUACAACUCCCGGUGGCUCAAUGACCCUUCGUUCAUCCACGCUGAGCUCAUUCCUGAUAGUGCAGAGCGCAAUGAUGACAAGCUCUACUUUUUCUUCCGUGAGCGGUCAGCAGAAGCACCGCAGAGCCCGGCCGUAUACGCCCGCAUUGGGCGCAUCUGCCUGAAUGAUGAUGGUGGUCACUGCUGCCUGGUCAAUAAGUGGAGUACAUUUCUGAAGGCACGGCUAGUCUGCUCCGUCCCAGGCGAAGAUGGUAUUGAGACCCACUUCGACGAGCUCCAGGAUGUGUUUGUCCAGCAGACCCAGGAUGUGAGGAACCCUGUCAUUUAUGCUGUCUUUACUUCCUCAGGCUCCGUGUUCCGUGGCUCUGCUGUGUGUGUCUACUCCAUGGCUGACAUUCGCAUGGUCUUCAAUGGGCCCUUUGCUCACAAGGAAGGCCCCAACUACCAGUGGAUGCCCUUCUCAGGGAAGAUGCCCUACCCACGGCCUGGCACAUGCCCUGGUGGAACCUUCACGCCUUCCAUGAAGUCCACAAAGGACUAUCCCGAUGAAGUGAUCAACUUCAUGCGCAGCCACCCACUCAUGUACCAGGCCGUGUACCCUCUGCAGCGGCGGCCCCUGGUGGUCCGCACAGGUGCUCCCUACCGUCUCACCACUGUGGCUGUGGACCAGGUGGAUGCAGCCGAUGGGCGCUAUGAGGUGCUUUUCCUGGGCACAGACCGCGGGACAGUGCAGAAGGUCAUUGUGCUUCCCAAAGAUGACCAGGAGAUGGAGGAGCUCAUGCUGGAGGAGGUGGAGGUCUUUAAGGACCCAGCACCUGUCAAGACUAUGACCAUCUCUUCCAAGAGGCAACAAUUGUAUGUGGCCUCAGCAGUGGGUGUCACACAUCUGAGCCUGCACCGCUGCCAGGUGUAUGGGGCUGCCUGUGCUGACUGCUGCCUCGCCCGGGACCCCUAUUGUGCCUGGGAUGGCCAGGCCUGCUCCCGCUACACAGCAUCCUCUAAGAGGCGGAGCCGCCGGCAGGAUGUCCGGCAUGGAAACCCCAUCAGACAGUGCCGUGGAUUCAACACCAAUGCCAACAAGAAUGCUGUGGAGUCUGUGCAGUAUGGAGUAGUAGGCAGCGCGGCUUUUCUUGAGUGCCAGCCCCGCUCACCCCAAGCCACUGUUAAGUGGCUGUUCCAGCGAGAUCCUGGGGACCGGCGCCGAGAGAUUCGUGCAGAAGACCGCUUCCUGCGCACAGAACAGGGCCUGUUGCUUCGUGCCCUGCAUCUCGGUGAUCGUGGCCUCUACACCUGCACAGCCACUGAGAACAACUUCAAGCAUGUUGUCACACGAGUGCAGCUGCAUGUACUGGGUCAGGAAGCCGUCCAUGCUGCCCUCUUUCCACCUUUCGCUGUGAGCGCCGCACCACCCCCAGGCACAGGCCCUCCCACGACUCCUUACCAGGAGCUAGCCCAACUGCUGGCCCAGCCAGAAGUGGGCCUCAUCCACCAGUACUGCCAGGGUUACUGGCGUCAUGUGCCCCCCAGCUCCAGGGAGGCUUCAGGGGCACCCAGGCCUCCUGAGCCCCAGGACCAGAAAAAGCCUCGGAACCGCCGGCACCACCCUCCGGACACAUGAGGCCAGCUGCCUGAGCCCUGCAACGGGCCAGCCUAGCCCUCAUCCCUUUUAAUAUAAAAGAUAUAUAUAUAUAUAUAAAUAUAUAUAUAAAAUAUCUAUAUUCUAUACAUACCCUGCCCCUGCAAAGACAGUAUUUAUUGGUGGGUUGAAUAUAGCCUGCCUCAGUGGCAAUGGCAUCCAACACUUCAACCUAUGCUGGUCGGAGAUGGCAGAAAACAGCCCACCUAACCAGGCUGAGCCAGUUGGCAAAGCCAGGCCAGACCACACAAUCUCCAGACUCAGCUGGAAGUCUGCUUGCUCAACAGCCACUGUCAAGAUCUAUAGGAGAUAUGGGGGCGGGAAGUAUGUUUCGAUGAGACAUGGACUGGACACCUUUGCUGAUGUAUGCUAUCAACUGUGCUAUGGCAUAAACAUGGAUGCCAGGACUGCUUUGGAGACUGGGGUGGUGCUUUGGUGCUCUCAGAGAAGGGAAGAAAGGGCCAUCACAGGCUGCUGGUCCCUGCCUGGGUUUGGGGCACUCAACCAAGGCCAGCCCCUUCCCAGGUAUUUAUUCUCUAUUUAUUGGGGAUAGGAGAAGAAGAGUCCUGCCUGAGUAGGGCAGCAUCUUCUUCCUGUCUGGCCAGGGGUUGGGCUGCCCCACUCUACCUCCUUAGCUUUUUCUGUGCCAUCUUGACUCAGGCUGGGAGAACAGCAGAGGGGCUAGGUGUAGGCAGGGUGGAAGGGAGCCCCCUACCCUGAGGGGAGAGGGAGCCAUAGUGGAGGCCUGGGGCCUGUAGGGGCUCCCAAGAACUGCCUUCUGCCUGCCACUUCAGGCGAUGAGUGUAAAUAGCUCUGGGAGGCAGUUGGGUAGAUGGGGAGCUCCUGGCAGCCCUCUGCUGCCCAGGCCAUAGCCACCUUUGGGUUCCAUCUUGCUAAUAAACACUGGCUCUGGGAAUAGA